ACUCAAAAUGAUGAUAAAAAUAGUAGUCGUAGGCAUGUUGGCCGCAUGCGCCAUGGCCCAAUUCCCAAUGAUGGGGAUGGGUGGAUUCGGUGGUCUUGACCUGAAAAACAUUGAAAGCAUGAUUCCAGAAGGUACAUUCGAUAUGAUUAAGAACAUGAAACCAGAGGAUAUCAAAGAAGCCAUGAAAAACAUGCCACCAGGAAUGGCUGACAUGAUGAAAGGAAUGGGAAUCUCUGAAGAUCAGAUUAAAGAUGCAAUCAAAAACAUGCCAGAGGAUAUGGAUGUUGCCGCCAUGAUCGACCAGGCUAAAGACAAAAUGGGAGAUCUUGUUGACCAAAGUAAAGAAGAAAUGAAAAACCAGAUGUCAAACGAACUUAAUCAAAUAAAGGAAGAAAAAAGAAAAGAACUUGAAGAAGCUGGUAUUGACUUGUCAGGUGGAGUAACAGGUCUGAUGUCCCAGAUGUUACCAGAAAUUACAGAAAUGUUCGGUGACAAACUUAAAGCUGAAGGAAUCGAUACUGAUGAUCGUGAAAAAUUGAACGAAGAAUUACGUAGACAGAUGCGUGAGUUCGCCGGGGCUGAGGAAGACGAUACCGAGGAACAAGUCAAAGAAAAAUUCAUGAAGGGAUUCCUCGAAGAAAUGAAACAAAAUGGCUUUGAGAUCAAAUCUGAUGAUACCGCUGAAGGAUUCCAAGAACUCAAGACACAGAUAGUUGCCGAGCUUAAAGAUAUGGGAUUUGAGAUUGAAGAUGAAGACGUGUCCAACCUCCCAGAAAUGUUGAAGAAAAUGAUGAAGAGCGGAAAAUUCAACCCUCAACAAUUAAUGGGAAUGGUUGCUCCAAUGAUGCAAGGUCCACCAAUGAUGGGACCAAUGGGACCAAUGGGACCACCAAUGAUGAGACCACCAAUGAUGCAAGGUCCACCAAUGGAAAUGAGACCAGGAAUGAACCUGAACCUUGACAUCGAUAUUCACCAGAGACCACAGACUCCAGUGGUUACCCCAGGCUACGUUCAAGGGGCUGAAGAUGCUCUUUUGCACGCUUUUGGUGAUGACUCUGACGUCGUCAGACACGUGAUGGCAGUCAAGUUCGGAGCUGAAACCGGAACUGUCAUGGAAGGAGAUCUCCACGAAAUUCUCAGAGAUCUCAUGCACUAUCGUCUUGAAGCCCGUGUUCUGAUGGCCAAGAACCAGAUGCUAAGAAACAGACUUUACGAUGUUAUGUUGUAAAGUAAUAGACGUUACUGUAUCCAUGGUGAUUAGGGAAAAGACUACUUCUACAAAACCCACAAACUUUACAUAAAACAAAUGUCACAAUAAUGUAUAAGUGUGGCAUUGAUAUGUGUGUGCUCUUUCGAAACUAAUAGAUUUGUGUAAUUUUGAUAUUAUUAGAAAUUAAUCCAUAUUUAUCAUGACUCUAGUAUAAUUAAAAUCGUAAUAUAGGUUGCACAUACACCAACACGCUCUCUUUCCAUAACGUUUUUGGGAUGAAGAUGUCCAUCUGAACUAAAGAGGUUUCCUUUAGCAAAAUAAUUUGAAAAAAUAUAAAUCGGAAAAUAAACAAUUCUAAGAUGCUUCCAAUUUUAAAAGAUGCUAAUUUCUAAGCUAUAAGAGUUUGUUUGAACAAUAUGAUAACUUUUCUUGGAGAUUUUGGCGUUGGAUAAAGAAUGGGUGGUUUAAUUUUCAAACUGUUUUUUUCACAAUUUGUUUACUGUAGGUAUCUUUCAAAAAUACAUAUCGUCGAAUGGCUUCCGAAAUGUCGUAUAUGAAGUUUUAAUUUUGCUAUGAUUACUUUUUCUUGCAAACGGGCUUAGUGGGAGGAAAUCUCUUAAUAUUCCAAAAUGUCAUACAUUUAGACCAAUCAAAACACGAGAAAAAAUUGCCAUUCCCAAUUGAUUGUAAACUUUGCUUCAAAAAUGUUGUAUGUAAACUUGAAAAUUAAUGUAUAUUUCUUUAUUUCUGUGAAAAUAAGGUUAGUUUUUGUGUUAUCCAGAAAUAACCAAGGUUUUAUUUCACAGCCAUUUACAAAAAUGAUAAAGUUCGCAUACGACAUUUUGGAAGCAAGCAUUUCAAACAAAGCAUUUUUGUGAGAUUUUUUUGUUGUUGAAAAAUUAGUAAUUUACUACAUUUUGAAAGCCAAUCGACGGUAUAACUGGUUCUUUACAUUCUGAGAGGUCUUAAUCUGGUAAAUAUCGAUAAGUGUAAAGCAAGCGAAACAUCAUUAAUCUUUCAUGAUAGAUUAUAAGCAUUCUAGAUGAUGCUUUUAACAAUGGGUGUCAAAACUUUGUGAUAAGUUAAUAACGAGCUAUAUAAUGGUGGUUCAACGAUAGCAACCAUUUUGAUUUUGGUACAUAAAUACUGAUUUUCGGCAAAAACUUUAAAAUUGAAUCCAGAGAGUCAAUUUUUUUUGAACAGCCGUACACGUGUUGUUAUGCCUAUAUAGCCUCUUUAGAAAAAAAAACUGUUUCAUUUUGUCUGUCAUGUUUAUGUACAUGUAUAUAUUUGGUGUGAAGUUCAUAUCAGUACAAUAAAAAUGUUCCAACUUCA